GAAAGAAACAAGAGCAGCUUGAGUUAGGACUCUCAUAGAACAAUCCCAUGAAGCUGUUGCAUUCAUCCAUUGCCGGGCUUUCUUUCAUUCUCUUUAUACCAUUCAUCUUUUCCCCAGUCUUAGCUGAUCUCAACUCUGAUAGACAAGCUCUCCUUCACUUUGCAUCCUCUGUUUCUCAUACAAAAAGACUCAACUGGAGUGAUUCUGACCCAGUUUGUUCUUGGAUUGGAGUCACCUGCCAUGGAAGCCGAGUUACUUCAGUUCGUCUUCCCGGUAUUGGGCUUGCUGGACUCAUUCCACCCAACAGUAUAGGAAAGCUUGAUGCUUUAAGGGUCUUGAGCCUUCGUUCCAACCUCCUCAGUGGAAACAUUCCUACUGAUAUUCCAUCUAUUCCUACUUUACAAUUUCUCUACCUUCAACAAAAUAACUUGUCUGGUAACUUUCCUCAUUCUCUCUCACACAAUCUGAUUGUUUUAGAUUUAUCCUGCAACUCCAUUUCUGGAAACAUUCCAACCACAGUUCAAAAUCUGACACGGCUCGCCAAGUUAAAGCUUCAAAAUAAUUCCAUCUCAGGAGUCAUCCCCAGUCUGAGUCUCUCACAUCUCAAACUUUUGAAUUUGAGCUACAACAGUCUUAAUGGCUCAAUACCUUAUUCCCUCCAAAAGUAUCCAAAUUCUUCAUUUGUUGGAAACUCUCUAUUGUGCGGACCACCCUUAAAGCCUUGUCAUACAAGCUCCUCCUCUUCUCCAGCUCCAGCUCUAUCUCCUUCUAACUCAACAUUGCUACCAACAGUUGUAAGAAAUGCUCCACCAAAGAGAAAAAAACUGGGCCUAGAUUCCAUCAUUGCAAUGGUAAUUGGGUGCUCUGCAGUUAUAUUUCUCAUUGUUCUGGCAAUAUACAUAUACUGUAACAAAAAAAGAGAUGCUGAAGCCAGUGGCACACUUAAAGCAAAAGCCUCCUCCACAGCUGGGAAAACUGAGAAACCUAAGGAUUUUGGAAGUGGAGUGCAUGAUGCAGAGAAAAACAAGUUGUUCUUCUUUCCAGGCUGCUCAUAUAGUUUUGAUCUUGAGGAUUUACUGAGGGCAUCAGCUGAAAUUCUUGGUAAGGGGAAUAAUGGAACAACCUAUAAGGCUGUUCUGGAUGAAGGGUCGACCACAGUGGUUGUGAAAAGAUUAAAGGAAGUAAUAGUGGGAAAAAGAGAGUUUGAGCUGCAGAUGGAGGUUGUAGAAAGGAUCGGACAUCACCCAAAUAUUGUUCCACUUCGUGCUUAUUACUAUUCAAAGGACGAGAAGCUCUUAGUCUAUAAUUACAUGCCAGCCGGCAGCUUAUUUACAAGCUUACAUGGCUUCAGAGGUGCAGAAAGAACCCCUCUUAACUGGGAUUCAAGAGUUAAGAUCUCUCUCGGAGCUGCCAAAGGAAUUGCCCACAUCCACUCCGACGGCGGACCCAAAUCCAUACACGGUAACAUCAAGUCUUCAAACGUCCUCCUCAACCAAGACCUUGAAGCCUCCAUAACCGACGUGGGGUUGGCCCAGAUAGUUAACUUCCCUCCAAUAAUCUCCCGAAUCAUCGGGUACCGAGCUCCGGAGGCUAUCGAAACCCGAAAACUCACCCAAAAAUCCGACGUUUACAGCUACGGAGUCCUCCUUCUGGAAAUGCUAACUGGGAAAAUCCCAAUCCGAUAUCCGGGUCACGACGAGGUGGUGGACUUGCCCAGAUGGGUUCGAUCGGUGGUUCGUGAGGAAUGGACAGCAGAAGUGUUUGAUGUGGAGCUUCUGAGACAGAGCCAUGUAGAGGAGGAAAUGGUUCAAAUGCUUCAAAUUGCUCUGGCUUGCGUGUCCAAGGUGCCGGAGAACCGACCCACCAUGGAACAAGUCGUGAAAAUGAUCGAAGAUCUUCGGCAGCCACAGAUCAAAACUUGGGCUUCUUCUGAAUCUGAUUACUCUAAUGUCCAAACCCCAACCCCAUGAGUUCAUGACCCUCUUUGCCUUUUUUUUUUUUUUUUGGAUUUAAAUGUGUUAGAGAUUCUCACUCUAUCCAUUUUUGUUUUCUCUGAAUAAUAUAAGUUCUUUUUUAACUAAA